GUGAGCGCGCAGAGCACGGAGCUAUUAAAGAGAAGCACAGAUCGGAGCGACCGCGAGAACUUUGUAGACUUGCAACUUGUAGAUAAGGAUAACGACGAAUCACCACAGACAGCAAAACACUGCGCUGAAUUACGAGGUGUGAGCGAGGGAGACAGGAAGCUGUCAGAGUCGGAGCGGACGACAGCCCGGGACUGCCAGACAGUGUUCCCGCGAAGAGGGACUCGACUCUGGAAACAGACUGUUAUCCCUGACACCGCUGGCCCGCAGAGGACGGCCGCGCGUCUUCCCACUGUCAAACUCUGAUAUCGCCCUGCCACUCUCCCAGCUCAACGAGACAGCCGAGAUACUACCGCCUACAGGGCGCCGGCAUCGGGAAGAAGGACAUUGUGAGCGUCCUACGCGAUAGCUGCUUUCCUUACUACUACUGACCGACUGUCAGCUCCUUGAUUUAAUGCACAAUCAGCCUGUGUGUGCAUAAGCCAGCCUAUCAGAGGUCCUCAUCCCCCCCUCCGCUCAGGCUAAUGGGCUGUUUAGCGGCUUGAGACCUAAGGUCAGUCAGGUUUACGCUCUCGCACAUCGAUUAGCAUCCCCUCUGAUCUCAUUAGUUGUAUUUUCUGCCCUUUUGCUCGCCUUUUGUUCGAAUUAUCCGUUGGCCCGCCCCCUUCAGCACACGCUGUAAAUAGCGAGUGUUGUGUCCUGGUCCCGUUGAGCUGGAGAUUGCUGAGCUCCCCCCCCCCCCCCUUUUAACCACUGUAAUUACCGUGUGCUGCUGACAGCACCUGGAUAUGAAGAUCCCAUCUGCGGACCAUUAGCCCCCGGUGAGCGGAUAGGAAUCCCCGGCCCGCCUCGUGUGUUUCGCCGGGCUAUUUAUGCAUGCGGGGCAGCUUGUUGUGUCAUGUCCAAUCAAUACACCCCAGCGAGAGUGGAGAUGGCGUCGGUGUGAUAAAUAGGCCUGUUGUCUCCCGCCUCCGCUUCAGUCGCUUUCUAGGAGGGCCGAUCAGCUCCAGCCCGAGUUAGAUUGCUUUCUCGUCGUGUGUGGGGGCCUUUCUUCCGGUGUGUGUGUGUGUGUGUGUGUGUCUGCCUUCUCGUACUGUAACUCUUGCAUCGUUCAGAGCUUGUGUGCACGGCCGCCAUCUUAGCCUGCCUCAACCUGGCCAACCUGUCGGCGCUCCCCACCAUCCAGACGGUCUGUAAGUUCUGCCGCCGGGCCCCUUGGAGGAUGAGCGAUGUCCCCACGCUGGACUACGAGGCGCUGUCCCCGGGGCCCUCGCUGUCCGGGGCACCCACCAGCCCGCCGCUCUCGGGCGACGCCGAGCAGAAGACCGCCCUGGCCUUCGUAGGCCUCCUGCUCCUCUUCCUCGUCUUCCUGCUGGUGCGCUGCUUCCGAAUUCUCCUGGACCCCUACAGCCGGAUGCCCGCCUCGUCCUGGACCGACCACAAGGAGGGGCUGGAGAGGGGCCAGUUUGACUAUGCGCUGGUCUAAGGGCGGACCCGUGGGGUACGCCCUUUGAAGCCCGACUCCUCCUGCCCUCCCGAGAGAGGAGACAACCAGUGCACCCUCUUUAGGAGUCAGUGCACACACACUGGCUAAGCCCCUCUAGCGUAGCAUUUCCAAUCGAGAGGAACGCCUCUUGAGUAGGCCCUGAAAGCACAUUGCUGUGAGAGGAAUACAUGGUAUAUCCGGAGGGUAGCAGCUCCUAAUGCGGCCUGCUGGGAGGUAGCAGAGGCAUUAUAAAUAUCACUGACGUAACACAGCUCUCGCCAUCACUGUCCUUUCACUGCCUGAUAAUAGAGCCCUGGGGGCGGUGGUCCACACUGCCGCAGUGACGUGCCGCGAUCCGGCUUCUUACGCGUGACUGCGUUUAUGUUUGUCCUUGGCACCGGUACAGAAAAAAAAGCGGUGCGAUAAUACCACCUGAUAGCAACAAUUUUAUGUUACCCCAAACACGUUUCUUAUCUGUUUCGGGGGGACAGAUGGAAAAAGAAAGUGAAUUGAGCUG